CUGGUCUCUCUGUUUCCCCUUUUAUCUCCCUUGCCUCGAUCAAUUAUUCCAUUCUCCUACAAUCAGAUUCAGUGAUUCACUCUCCAUCAUCAUCAAAUUAUGGCCGACGAAGCCAAAGCCAAAGGCAAUGCCGCCUUCUCCGCCGGCAACUUCUCCGACGCCGUCCGCCACUUCACCGACGCGAUCAACCUCUCCCCCACCAACCACGUCCUCUACUCCAACCGCUCCGCCGCCUACGCGUCCCUCAACCAGUUCUCCGAAGCUCUUUCCGACGCGGAGAAGACCGUCGAGCUCAAGCCCGAUUGGGCCAAGGGCUACUCCCGCCUCGGCGCCGCGCACAUGGGCCUCCGCCGCUACGCCGACGCCGCCUCCGCCUACAGAAAGGGCCUCCAGAUCGACCCCGCCAACGACGCCCUCAAAUCAGGCCUCGCCGACGCCGAGGCCGCGACGAGUCCCUUCGGGGAGGCGUUCGGGCCGGAGAUGUGGGUGAGGCUGGCGAGUGAUCCCAGCACGAGAGAGUAUCUCCAGCAGCCCGAUUUCGUGAAGAUGAUGCAGGAUGUUCAAAAAAGCCCCAAUAAUCUGAAUUUGUAUUUGAAGGAUCAGAGGGUUAUGCAGGCGCUCGGGGUUUUGCUGAAUUUGAAGUUUCAGGGGAGGGAGGAAUCGCCGGAGAGGAAAAGGCCUGCUGAGGGUGAUGAUCCUGUCAAAGUGGAGAAGAAGAUGCAGCCUGAGCCUGAGCCUGAGCCUGAGCCUGAGCCGAUGGAGAUUUCGGAGGAGGAUAGGGAGAAGAGGGAGAGAAAGGCGGCGGCUCAGAAAGAGAAGGAAGCUGGGAAUGCUGCUUAUAAGAAGAAGGAUUUUGAGACUGCCAUUCACUGCUAUUCCAAGGCCGUGGAGCUAGAUGAUGAGGACAUCUCCUUCCUUACAAAUCGUGCUGCUGUCUACUUGGAGAUGGGCAAGUAUGAGGACUGCAUUAAAGAUUGCGACAAAGCUGUUGAGAGGGGCAGAGAACUAAGGUCAGAUUUCAAGAUGAUAGCUCGGGCAUUGACACGAAAGGGAACUGCCUUGGUGAAGAUGGCCAAGUGUUCAAAGGACUACGAACCUGCAAUUGAGACUUUCCACAAAGCCCUCACAGAGCAUCGCAACCCAGACACACUGAAAAAGCUCAAUGAUGCAGAGAAAGCAAAGAAAGAUCUAGAGCAACAAGAAUACUAUGAUCCUAAAUUAGCUGACGAGGAGCGUGAGAAAGGCAACCAAUACUUUAAGGAACAGAAGUACCCGGAAGCUGUCAAGCACUACACUGAAGCUUUGAAGAGGAAUCCAAAUGAUCCGAAGGCAUAUAGCAAUAGAGCGGCUUCCUACACUAAACUUGGGGCUAUGCCUGAGGGACUCAAGGAUGCUGAAAAAUGCAUUGAGCUUGAUCCAACCUUUUCGAAAGGAUAUACUAGGAAGGGCGCUAUUCAAUUCUUCAUGAAGGAGUAUGAUAAAGCAUUGGAGACGUACCAGGAGGGAUUAAAGCAUGAUCCUAACAACCAGGAACUGCUAGAUGGAAUCAAGAGAUGCGUACAGCAGAUAAACAAGGCUAGCCGUGGAGAUUUCAGCCCAGAUGAAUUGAAAGAGAGACAGGCCAAGGCAAUGCAAGAUCCGGAGAUCCAAAACAUCCUGACAGAUCCGGUGAUGAGACAGGUACUGACGGACUUCCAGGAGAACCCGAAGGCGGCUCAGGACCACAUGAAGAACCCUCUGGUGAUGAACAAAAUACAGAAACUUGUGAGUGCAGGAAUUGUACAAGUCAAAUAGACAUAAGCCUUGUUUGUUAUGUCAUACUUUUGGUAGGUUUUAAGCUUGCGAUUUGUCUAUAGAACUUUGUCAACCUUGCUGGGAAGUGAGUUUACAUUAACAUCAGGUCAUUAUUUGGAUAAAACAUGAGUUAGAUUUGGCAAUUUAAUCAUCUGACCUGUUUGUGUUGGCA